AUGGGGAACUUAUCUACUUUUAAAUUCUUUAUUCUUUCUGGGCUGCAGGACUCAGGAGUUUACAAGCCUCUGUACUUCUUGUUGGUGUUUGUCCUUUACAUCCUCAUUAUUAUAGUCAACUUAACUUUGAUCUUUAUUGUGACAGUGGAUAGAAGCCUCCAUGAGCCCAUGUACAUUUUCAUCUGCAAUCUGUGUGCAAACGGACUCUAUGGGACUGUUGGUUUUUACCCUAAAUUUUUGCUGGACUUGCAAUCUGAUAUUCACAUAAUAAGCUACAGUUGGUGCAUGAUUCAAACGUAUGUGAUUUACAGCUCUGCUCUGUGUGAAAUGACUAUUUUAACAGUGAUGUGUUAUGACCGCUAUGUGGCAAUUUGCAGACCACUGCAAUACCACAACAUUGUAACUCCUCGUGCUGUGUUGAAGUUGCUUGUAUUAGCCUGGUCAUAUCCUCUCUUGUCAGCAGCAAUAGGUACACUCCUUACUUCUAGAAUACCCUUUUGUGGAUCACACAUCUAUAAACUAUUCUGUGACAAUGCUUCAAUGGUUUGUAUGUCAUCCAGUGAAGCUAGAACAAAGUUCAGUAAAACUUGUGUGCCUCAUAUUGUAGUUAUGAAUUUACGAUAA